AUGAAUGAUGUAAUUACUAUUAUUAUUAUAGGCAUACUCCUAUUAAGUCUUAGUUAGGCCUAGGACUAAAGGUUUGUUUCAUUAAACAGGACGUCAACGCUAGACUAUCCAAGGCUAGGCCUACACCUACCGUCAGCUACUAGGCCAGGUGGCAAGAGACUCCACUUCACAAGCUGUUAAAAACCAAACAUAUCAGAGAUCACCUUGACAUUGCAAGACUUCUUUUGGAUGCCGGGGCUGAUGUAAAUAUAGAGAAUAAGGACAAUCAGACGCCACGUGACCUCUAUAUACAGAAUGAAUGUGAGGAGUAUGAUUCUACAAAUAGAGAAAAACACAAGGAAGAAGUCUUGCAACUUCUGCAAGACUUUGCAGUUCCAGAGGUAAUUUUAGCCAGAGGCAGUGAGGCUCUGAAGGUUUUUAACGAGGAAUUACAAGAAGGAAGGAUCACAGUAAACCAUGCACGAAUAAUGGUGACAGGCAAAGAAGGGGUGGGAAAGACUUGUUUGGUGAACACUCUGCUUGAAAGAACAUUUAAUGAAGAAGAACCAUCGACUGAUGGAAUAGUGUUGACGACUGCUUUUCAAACUACUGAUAUAAGUAGUGUGUGGAAAGAGGCAGAGGACAUGGACGAAUGUGAACGGAUCAAGGAUAUACUUGAUAAUGCAUUAGAAAGUAAAGUGGCUGAGAAAUUGAAACAAAUGAGAAGCCAAGCAGAGGCAGCUGAACCAGUACAAGCAUCAGCAGGAAAGUCAACACCUGUACCUCCACUGGUACACGCCCCUAAAAAGGAAAGUCGCAGCAAACCAGGUACAUCCUCUACACCUAUAUUGCCAUCUGUGCCUGUUCCAGUUAAGGUAGGACAUGACAUAGUAAUAGUAUGUGUGUUCAUAGUGUCUUCAACAGAUUAUCAGAUAAAUUAUUACAACUGUGGGAUUUAAUAACACGUUUUUAGUAGAUUUGCAUUAUUUCAGCCUUCAUCAUUGAGACUCAAUGUUUCUCACAGCAUGCAUUGUUGUUCUUCUGUAUAUUGCUUUUAAAAUAUUUCAAGUUAAAAUAAUUGUGUACACCUCUGUCACUAUAAACCUCUG